AUGGUUCGGAUAAGUGAGGCAAUCAAAGAUGAUCACCGGAGACUCGAAUCUUAUUACAACAUCAUUAUGAACUCCGAAGAUGAAGAUGAACGAACCAGAUUUCAGAAUCAGUUUACCUGGGAACUAGCACGACAUGCCAUCGCCGAGGAGCUAGUAGUGUUCCCUGCACUGGAAAAGGCUCGAUCUGACGGCAAGGAGAAGAUAGAUGACGAUCGGCGUGAGCAUUCAGCGCUCAGAGAAAUGCUCUACGUGUUCCAAGAUCUAAACUGUUCUGAUCCUCGUUUCCUCCCUACAAUUACGAUGCUGAUGGAAGGUCUUGCCAAGCAUAUGCGAGAUGAAGAGUCAAACGACCUGGUCAUACUGGAGGAAACCCUCACUUCUGAUGAGAGCGAGAAGCUGGGUCAAUCUCUUAGCCGUACUAAGAUGUUCUUGCCCUCUCGCUCGCAUCCAUAUGACCUGGAGAACCCACGCUUCGAGACUGUAGCCGACCUGCUCAUGGCUCCCCUGGACUAUCUCCAGGAUUUGUUUCGAAAGUGGCCAGAGGAGGAAAGCAUGCUAACCUCCCCAAUGGAGUAG